AUGGAAUCAGUGCAAGAAACAAAUAAAUGUUUGGUACAGAAGAAAGUUACACUUGAACCAUUCGUUAUUAAUGUACUCAUUGGAACAAUUAUUGGUAUAUCAUUGGAAACUCUUCCCAAUCUAUAUUUAGAACCAUAUCAUCGUGGAUUCUAUUGUAAUGAUUUAACAAUUCAACUACCUUAUAAAUCAAGUACCAUACCAACAUCGAUGCUUUUUACAUCGAUAUUCUUUCUUCCGCUUGCUGGAACUUUAAUUACCGAAUUAUAUCGUUCAAAAUAUUAUAAAGAAUCAUAUAGCUGGCGAGGUUUUAAAUUCAAUCAAAUAUUGGUGAAUUGUUUCAAAUAUCAUGCAUAUAAUUUACUUGGCGUACUUCUGACACUUUUGCUUGCAAUUCCAACAAAAUUUAUUGUUGGUGAAUUAAGACCAAUAUUUUUGGAUAUAUGUAAUCCAUCAUAUGAUAAUGUUUAUUGUCAUAAUAAUACCUAUAUUGUAAAUUAUAAAUGUCUUGGCAAUAAUUAUAAUCAAACUGUCAAAGAAGCACGACUGUCAUUUUUUAGUGGACAUGCAUCAUUAGCAAUGACAGCAGCAGUUUUCUUUAUGGUAUAUAUGCAAUCACGAAUUCCGCAUGGCGAUGACUUAGUUAUUAUUAUAAAGCCAAUAAUACAACUAUUUGCGCUUGGCCUGGCCUUAUAUACUGGCUAUACACGAAUUAUUGAUGGUAUGCAUCAUUUGCAUGAUGUAGUUGUGGGUUAUAUUGUUGGUGCAUUAAUUGGUUAUAUUACGGCUAAAUAUAUAUCAGGAUUAAAGAUACAAAUUGAUCGAAUAAAGAAAAAUGAAAUGGAAAUGCAAAAAGUUCGACUUCCAUUAAUAACAUUUGAUGAAGCUAUGAGAACUCAUAAGACAACGAAACGUUGUUCGAGUUGA